AUGAAAUUUCCAGCAAAAAGAGCCGAUAAAAUUCUGGAACUUGCCGAACGAUUUCUUCUCCCAGCCGCUACUAACUACAUGGAGUUGUUCCUCCUUUCUCCAAAUGUGAAGGCAGAUUAUAAACUCUUCCUUGGUGAUAAAUAUGGUUUGAAUAAUCUUAUAGAACACGCCUUGUCUCUAUAUACUUAUCGCUGUCAAAUUCUUGCCUUCUCCCGUACUUACCCAAAUGUUUCUGACGCCACUAAGGCUAGAUUAUUGAACAAGGAGCGACUAGUUGAAGAGGAACGACGAAAACGAGAUCAUGAUCGAAUGGCGGGAAGAAUUGAUAACUCGACGAGGUAA